ACAUAAAUAAAUAAAAGGGUAAACUAAAAAGAGAGCCCACGUUAUCCCACCUUCCGUAGUCAAUCUUUCAACCUAGUACCCCUUUAUAAAAUCUCGUUUUCCCUUUGCCUUGAUAGUGCGCCUCCACUGUUUCCUAACCACUACUACUAGUAUUUUGUUGGAAAGGGAAAUUCAGCUGUUGAAGGAUUGUUGUACCCCAUGUUAUCUUAAUUGUUAGGAUCUGUCUGAAAUAUGAGCACUGUGCCAGGAUCUGUGUUAAUCAAUAGACUUGUUACUAACCAUUGUUGAGGCACAACUAGUAUCUUUACUCUGAACAGUAAAGACUGAAAAAUGUCAAGUGCCUUGGCCAAUGGGCUGGCUGGAGCUGGUGGAGGCAUAAUCGCUCAAAUAAUUACUUAUCCCCUCCAAACUGUCAAUACUCGGCAGCAGACUGAGAGGGUAUCGAAAGAGGGCCGCGAUUCUCGUGGCAGUGCCUUGUUUCAAAUCUUACAGGUGGUUAGAAGCGAAGGCUUGUUGGGGCUUUACAGUGGCCUAAAGCCUUCUCUGCUUGGAACUGCCGUGUCACAGGGUGUGUACUACUAUUUUUACCAGGUUUUCAAGAACAGGGCUGAGGCUAUAGCAGCUGCAAAUAAGAAAAGAGGCCGAGGGGAUGGUUCUGUUGGGAUGUUUUCUUGGCUCGUUGUGGCAGCUCUUGCUGGUUCACUAAAUGUAUUGCUGACAAACCCUAUAUGGGUUCUUGUUACUCGUAUGCAGACUCAUACACAAGCAGAAAGGAAAAUUGUUGAGGCAAAGAGGGAAACCUUAUUAAAGGAAGCUUCUCAAAAUGCCUUGACGGCUUCCUCAUUGGAGGCAAAACUGGCUGAGCUUGAUUCAUCGAAACCUCUUCCAUACGGAACAAUGCUUGCAGCAAGGGAGGUUUAUGAUGAAUCAGGAGUUACAGGAUUCUGGAAAGGAGUUAUCCCAUCAUUGAUCAUGGUUUCUAAUCCCUCAAUUCAGUUCAUGAUUAUUGAGAGUUUGUCAAAGCAGUUAAGGACUAAACGUGCUGCAAAGAAGAAAGAUGUGCAAAAUAUAACUGCUUUGGAGAUUUUUGUAAUCGGAGCCUUUGCUAAACUUGGGGCAACUGUCUGCACAUAUCCGUUGUUGGUUGUGAAGUCAAGGCUUCAAGCGAAGCAGGAGAUCAGUGGAAAUGUCUCAUUACGAUAUUCAGGUACAGUGGAUGCUAUUAUUAAGAUGAUUCGUCAUGAAGGAUUCAGAUGCUUCUAUCAGGGUAUGCGCACAAAGAUAGUGCAGAGUGUCUUUGCAGCCUCCGUACUUUUCAUGGUGAAGGAAGAGCUUGUCAAAGUCUUUGCUGUUUUGGCUAACAAAAGCAUGUUUAAAAGCGUAGCUGCAGAUAUUAAGUGACUAUGUAAAUCUCAUUGCUGCAUAAUUGUUAGUGAUUGUUUUGUAUCAAGUGCUAUGUGGGUAAAAAAAUCCAAAAUACUCCGCAAAGAAAGCCAUUGUUCAGAUUAAUACUCUCAAUAAAGCACCUGAAAAUGAAAAAGCAGCUCAGGUGAAUGAAACUA